AUGGCGGACACGUCAUCCGAAGACGAGGGGAUGGGACCUCCAUUGAGGUCGCCACCGAAGGUUAUGGCGUCUCCAGGUGUGGAGCGUGGUGAUGUGGAAGGGAGCGGUAAAGGUAGUCGGGGUGGCGCCACUGAAAAAGUGGUUGCUCACCCUGCUAAGUCUGGGGAUAAGGGCAUAAGACGGGAUGGUAGUGUAGGGAGCAAGGAAAAGAAUUAUAUAAACAACACACAAACAACAGUAAUUGAAGAGGAAAGUAUGAAUAAUCAGCGCAUGUUGCCUCGGAUAGUUUUGAUAGCCUGUGGUUCCUUCAACCCACCGACGCCAAUGCACUUUCGAAUGUUUGAAAUUGCACGUGAUUAUUACAAAACACAAGGAACACAUCACGUCAUUGGUGGCAUCGUUUCACCCACACACGAUUCAUACCAGAAAAAAGGACUCGUUGCUGGUACACAUCGAUUUGCUAUGUUGAAAUUAGCAUUGCAAUCCUCAACAUGGAUUAAACCCUCAGACUGGGAAAUACAGCAAACGGAAUGGUCACGCACAAUCUCUGUUCUGCAGUACCAUCAAAACUAUAUAAAUAACUAUAUCAAUUCACCACUAGAAAGUGACAUGAACGGUACUCUACCUAGUUGGAUGCCUCCCGGUUUGCGUGAGCGGCAGGAUGGUGCACAAUUGAAAUUGCUGUGUGGAGCUGAUUUAUUAGAAUCAUUUGCGGUGCCCGGAUUAUGGGCAGAUAAGGAUAUUGAAGAUAUUGUUGGCAAUCAUGGUUUAGUGGUUAUCUCACGUAAUGGCUCUAAUCCUGAAAAAUUCAUUUUCGAGUCAGAUAUGUUGAAGAAAUAUCAGAAACAUAUUACGUUAAUAACGAAUUGGGUACUAAACGAGAUGAGUUCAACAUUAAUACGACGUCUUAUUUCGCGCGAUCAGUCUGUGAAAUACUUGCUUGAUGACAGGGUCAUUGACUAUAUUCAAAGGCAUGGACUAUUUAAUUGUAAAACGUAA